GGAAUUUGAUCACGUGUAGCCCAAAACGAUUUUGUGCCUUGACUGGAACUUGGAAUAGAACUCAGUUACCGACACUCACCUUGUUGAUCUAUCAGCGGUAACGACAGGCCCUGGCUGGCUGACACUGAAGCUCAAGACGGCCUCGUAUUAUGGCCAAGUCAAAAUGGAUUUUUGGAAACCAGCAGAACCAACCAGCAACUGUCGUAGUCAAUCCUGCGCCUCUUCCUAUCGAAUCUUCAGCGGAUACCAGACAAUUUGGCCUAGAGAAUUUCGGCAAUACUUGUUAUGCCAAUUCAGUCCUUCAAGCACUGUAUUUUUGUGCGCCUUUCCGGGAUCUGCUCCUGCAGUCUCCCGACUCUCCGCCACCUGCAGGUGGAAGUCCUUCGGAAAAUCACAAUCCCUCACCCCUUGUACCCGUCAGACGCAAGCCCGAACGAAAGGCUUCAACGUCAGGUACAAUAAGCGAUGGCGCGUCCGCUCAAGCCGCCAUACCCAUACCUCCCAAUCCAGCCUCCCUUUUCUCCGCACUCCGCUCUCUCUUCCUACACAUAUCAACACAUCCCUCCGACAAGGGCACUGUCGCUCCUUCAGCCUUCAUCGAACAAUUGCGCCGCGUAAACGAGCUGUUUCGCUCAACCAUGCAUCAGGAUGCUCACGAGUUUUUCAACUAUCUACUCAACAAAAUAGUAGAGGAAAUAGAAGAAGACCGGAAGGUUUCGCAGCAUGGGUCAGGAUCAGCAGACGAUUUGUCCAAUUCAAUAACAACAUUAGGAUCAAAAGUGCCUUCUACGAUGAAUAGUGCGAACUCAGAUCCAUUACCAGACUCCACAUUGGUUCACAAGCUGUUCGAGGGCACGCUUACAAGCGAAACAAGGUGUCUAACCUGCGAGACUGUUUCUUCGCGCGAUGAAUCUUUCAUUGACCUCUCGAUAGACAUCGAACAGAACUCCAGCGUCACUGCCUGCCUAAGGCAGUUCAGUGCCAGUGAGAUGUUGUGCCAGAGGAACAAGUUCUUUUGUGACGCUUGUUGCGAUCUCCAAGAGGCCGAGAAGCGCAUGAAAAUCAAGAAGCUGCCUAAUGUUCUUGCUUUACAUCUGAAACGAUUCAAGUAUCAAGAGGAUUCGAAGAAAUACAUCAAACUUUCCUAUAGAGUUGCUUUCCCCCUCCAAUUACGCCUUUUCAACACUGUAGACGACGCCGAAGAUGCGGACAAACUUUACAAUUUAUUUGCGAUUGUCGUUCAUCUUGGAAACGGCCCUCAUCAUGGCCAUUAUAUAUCCAUCAUCAAGACAUUGGGUGCUUGGUUUGUUUUCGACGACGACAACGUCUAUCCUAUACCAGAAAAGGAUAUUCCGAAGUACUACGGCGAUUCUAAUGCUGGAUCCGCUUAUGUCCUCUAUUACGAGGCCGCAGACAUUGACCGCACAAGCCUUGGUCUUCGAGCCCCUCCCCUGCCCAUUCAGACAACGGCUUCGAUCCCGCCGUCGCCUUCUCUAACAAAUCCGACUCUUCCACCGGGUCUCGCUGACGAAGGUGACUCUUCGGACCUGAGUGACCCACCGUACCCCGUUACCCCAGCUCAAAACUCGCCGUUGCUAGCGCCAAUAGGUAACCUAUCUCGACCCGCUCUUGAGUUAAAAGUUGCAGGGUCAAACGGGGUACCCCCUCAGAGCCCGGCUUCUCCUGCGCUAGUUUCUAGUCCAGCCAAUGGACGCGGAAGUAAAGGUUUAUUCCCGUCAAUUCGUCGAGUACCGUCCGCCAAACCAUCAUCAAGCCCAGAUACUAUUCGAACAGUUGUCGACUCUUCCCCGCUGACUCAGGAUGACUCCUCAACUGUCCCAAAUCGCACGCCCUCCCCGGUGCCUCCACCAUCAUCGUAUUCAUCUCAUACUUCCUCUGAAAGAAAGGAACUAACAGAGAAGAGAUCAGGCUGGUUUGGAAAGCGAAAAAGUAUAAAAGCUACGGACAAGAGAGAAUUUGAAAGCUUUCAUCCUAGAACAGACGAUGCGGCAACAGCGCAGACUACCUCUACCUCGUCUUCUAAUACUUCGUCUAGCUGGCUCAAUCAACAUUCAACCAGAGAUGCCAGGAUUCGGCGGCCAUCCGAGCCGAGUCCUGCUAGUUCUUACACCCUCCCACCUUCUCGACCUUCUCGACCCAAAUCCUCAGCCGAAGGUCUUACCGUGAAACCUUCGAAUUGGAACUCUGACCGUCACGACCCGUCUCCCGGUUCUGCUUCCUCUUCAAACGGUUCAACCUCGCCUGCCACCCACCUUCCCUCAUCAAUACCUGCUACCCCUUCGUACAUCCUCAAUCACGGCCUUCCUCCUCGAAAAUCUUCGCUCGUACCAGAGAUUCCUCUUAAAUCCCCAGACCGUAAAAAGUCUCUUACCAGCCUACCUCGCAUUCGGGACAAGGCGCGCAAACAUCACAACGAUAACCCUCCAAGACCUUCGACAGCACCUGGAAAUCCUUUGAGCAUGUCUGGAUCAUCGUCACCUGUUCCACCAAUACCCCCAAUACCGUCUCCAACAAUCAUGCCUGAUGGCUACAACUUGCCUACCUUGGAGAAGGGAAAGAUGAGAGGUAGUUCUGACAAUUCGUUGCUACCGCCGAGCUCGGGGAGUCCUCUUAUACCGGCCCCAGGUUUACACUCCUUUGCUGGCGUUAAUCAUAGCUCUUCCAGUACAGGAACGGGCGGUGGCAGUGCUGCCUUCAAGCGCGCCAGUCGUAAGUUGAGCAUCUCCGGACAGAUGUUUGGCUUUGGAAAGAAGGACAAGGACAAGAAAGAACGGGAACGUGAAGAGCGGGAGGGUGGAAAGGGCCCACCCACAUCCUACCAUCAUCAUUAAUCUACUUACUGAAUUCAUUUAGUAAGUUGUGAAGACAAUGUCACCUUACGUAUCUCGACUCAUUUCCUGGCUUUCCACUGUAAUUCUAAACGGCGGAUGGUUUUCGACUUGCGUUCAUCCUUCCUACUCUCGUUUCUUGCUACUUUAUUCACUUUGUUCUUACUUCGUCCUCUGCCUUCGCAUGUUCUUGACUAUUGACGAACAACAACCGUGCUAACAUUGUAUUGCUUUGUCUAUCACCAUUUACCUACAGCAAGUACUAUAACCUGUCACCUGUAUAAUGUACACCAAUUGCUAACCAUAAGCGCUCGCUCGAGCGCUUUC